AUGGGCACACCCCCCAUCCAAGUCCCCCCAGGGACCUCUCCACCACCUCCACAACCCGAACAACACGCAAAAUUCCCACCUAUAACCCCUCUCCAAUCGCGCGUCACCCCAAACACAACAACCACCAAGCGCCGACGAGCCUCAACCCUCUCCAAGCUCCCAGGAACCAAGAUAAUGUGCUGCGACAAUAACUCCACCCUCACACUCCACCAACACUCCCUCCCGCCCUCCGCGCUCCCCGACAAAGAAGACAUCGAAUCCUUCCGCCAAUUCGCCGUAGGCAAGAACCCCGAUCGCGUCGAAUCCGUCUUGCAGCCCAUCCCCUGGUCCUCAUACGAACUCAUCUUCGUCGUCUGCACCUUCGCCUCGCGCUGCUCCAAGAGUUGGAUCCGUACGGAUAUGUAUGCGGUUUCUGAUGUCUUUGGGCCGGAAUUGAUACAGAUUCCUUCGGGGAAUGGGGUUCAAUGGCCGCCGGUGUUGGGAUCGACUCAGGGGAAUGCGAUGGAGGGGGAGUGUUUGGUGAGGGUUAGUGGGGGGUUGGAGUUUAGGUGUCGGAGGCAUUUGGAUUAUAUUUAUACGCUUUAUCAGGUUGUGUAUAAGGAGGCUGUGUUAGUUGGUCCCUUCUCUUCUCUUUCUUUCUUUCGAUCUCUUCUUGUGACGCUCGAGUGUCAACUAACACCUUCCAGUCAACCACCCAUCCUCUUCCCCUACCCAAUCGACCGAGAAGCCAUUAGAGCCUCCGCUAGCAUCAACAGCAAAGUCAUCGAAGCCCUCGAACCCCUUUUCCAACCUGUCAAUUUCAAUCUCCCACCAACCCAAAACCGCAACCAAACCGAAAUUCCAACUCCAACUCCACCUCACAUCCCAUCACCCAACCCUUUCCCCUCCUCACCAAUCUCCACACCAACCACCACCCCACGAAAACACCAAAGAAAUACCAACCUCGAGUCCACUACCCCACAACGAACAGCAAGUCCCCUAGGCGUCUUCCAGAUCGGCGAGGAUGGGAAGCGGUAUAAGAAGUGCUCGAAGCAUAAGCGGUUUCUGCCUGAGGAGAGCUUUGAUAUUAAUCUGAAGACGGGGAUGCUUUAUGGGCAUUGUAGGAGUUGUAUGGGGAGGAAGGGAGGGUGGUAG